AUGGAAAUAGUUGAACAAAAAAUUAAAUAAGAUAACAUUAUUGUUACAAAUGAUUUAGAUGGAAUUCUUAACAUAUAUAUAUUCUCCAUUUGUAUGUGGCAUAUAUGGACAUUAUGUUUCUUUAAUAGUCAAAAAGUGCUUCCAACAAUAAUUGAUUAGUUUAUCAAAAGUUUUAUUAGAUUCAAAAAUAUAAUUUGUGACUUAGAACUCCUAAAUAUUAAAGGUUUGAAAUCAAGCUUUAGCAAAACCAAAAAAGAUUUGUCCAAUUUUGAAUUAAUAUUACAAUUAAUGGAACAACAUGAAGUGGUUUAGUUUCUGCGGGGGGGGGGGGGUGCAAAUAUUGGAGAUUCGCGAUCUGUAAAUAAGAUACCAAAUAACUAGAUCUAAAUGAUUGACAAAAUUUUAAAAAGUAGCACUUAGUAAAUUAUCCAAUGAACAUAUCUUCAGUGUUCAA